AUCCAGUAUCAUUUCAAUCCAAGCUCCAACAUGAAGUUCUUGGUUCUGUUCGCCCUGGUGGCUGUAGCCUUCGCUGCUCCUCAGCCGAGGAAGGUCUUUCAUGAGAACUUUGAAGACUUCAUCGACCUGAUCUUUGAUGAGGCUGGCCAUGACUUGGACCACCUCAUGGAGCACUACCUGGAGUUCGAAGAGUUCACGCAGACCUUGGAAUACCUCGCGACAAACAACUUCAAGAACCUCAUCUAUGAGAUGGAGGAGCUGCCCGAAUUCAAGGCUGUGCUAGACUUCUUGGAGGGCCACAGCAUUGACAUCCACUACUUCAUCGAUUUGAUCAACGAGAUGUUGGAAACUGGACCACCCCAGCGCAAAGCCCGUCACACCCUCAGCGGCCGUGACUUCUCCGCCUUCAUCCAGGACUGCAUCUCCGAAUUCCCCAAGAGCAAGUUGGUAGCUCUCUUCGACCAAAAGUUGGCUGAGGACGACGACUUCAAGGCCGCCAUCGAGGGUCUCCAAAGCGACGAGUGGGCGCAGGUGUGGUCUGCUCUAUGGGAGAACGAGCAGUUCCUGUCUGAGGUCAACACCCUCAAUGCAAAUGGCGUAGACGUCAAAGUCCUUCUUGACGAACUCGUCGCUGUCUUCGGCCAGAAUGUUUUCGGGGACAGGUGUCAGGACGUCGACGGCGGAGUUUACAUCGGCUUCCAGCAUUUCUGCGGUGAUAAAGUCAAGUCCAGGGGUCUUGCCAAUUUUGAGAGACAGGAUAGCCUUGGUCACUUCGUCGCGGAUUCGGGUACUUUUUGGCCCCGGACACGUGAUUUUCUUGGCCGGUGGAAUGACCCGCAUAUUGUUGGACACUACCUCGAGUUUGAGGAGUUCGUGAGCACACUUAACUAUAUGCAGACUGGCAGUUUUAAGGAGCUUGUGUAUGAAAUGGAAUCGCUUCCUGAAUUUAAGGCUGUUCUCGAAUAUUUAAAUAGCCAUGGCAUUGAUGUUUAUUACUUCAUCGACGAUUUGAAUGAUAUGUUGGACAUAACGGUUAACGUCAAGAAAACGCGCCACAGCGUCAGCGGUCGCGACUUCACAUCCUUCAUAAGAGAUUGCUACGCUGUGUACCCUAAGGAGAAGUUGACUGCCCUCUUCAACCAGAAAAUGGCUGAGGAUGAGGACUUCAGAACUGCCGUCGAGGGUCUGCAGAGCGAGGAGUGGAACCAGGUGUACUCCGCUCUAUGGGCCAAUGAGCAGUUCCUUGCUGAGGUCCAGACUUUGGCUGACAAUGGAAUUGACAUAACAGUGUUCUUGGAGCAACUGUCCGCUAUCUUCGGACAGAACUGAAGUUUAUUUAAUAUGUUAAUAGGUAAAAUAUUUAAUUUACCUAUUUAAAACAUUGAAAUACCGAGUGAGAGCUUUCUGCAAUUUAUUAAAAUUAUAAACAUAAUAUUGGAUUUCAUUUAAUUUUGCCUUACACUGACAUAAUUUAAUAAAACAUAUUAUUUUAAAUACAUUACGUAAUUUUCAGAAUUUAAUAUCGAGUUCAUUAUUUAGCCAAUACGGAUCUUUUUCCACGAUUCUGAAGAAAUUCUAAUUGAUUGAAUAUUACGAGAACUUUUAAAUCUUUUUAAAUACAUUUACUUGUUUGUAGGUAAUUUUUUAAGUCUGAUAAGAUUAAAAUAAGUUACAAUGGUUAGUAUAGCAAUUGAUGACACCUACAAUCUAAGAAACAUCUCAAAUGGUUACGUAAUCAAUGCGUUGAUAAGCCCUAUCCAAAAUCAGUAUAUUGAAAAUUAUUUCAUCAGAUAUCGGCUGUUACAUUUCAUCCACAAAGCAAAUAAUGCCAACCGAACGUUGCAUUUAUUUAGCUGAUGGAUACCACAAACACAUUGUUUGUUUAAAAAGAUCACCAUUUGUUUAUUUGUUUAGAAUGCCACACAGCUAUUGUCAAUAAUAAUUUCUUAUUCCAACUCUGUAUCCCGUUGUAAUCGUACGUUUUGUUUUAUAAAUAUUUAUCAGUGCAGUCCGACACAUUUUUAUUAUUUGCGCCGUUAUUUCGUGGAAAAUGAGAAAUGCGUUUGUUGUUUUAGUUUCCUUGUGUAUUGGACUUGCUUCCGGAUUUAUUGUUCCCUCGGGAGUUCUGGAGCUCAUAGAUGAUAACCACGCGAUUUUAGCUGAUAACAAUGGAAAAGAAUCUGAAGAAGCAAAAAGAGCCACACUUCAAGAAGAUACAGGCUUUAUUGUCUUACCUUUUCGGACGCAUAAUGAAAAGAAAAUCGACCUUGAAACAAAUCGCAAUCGUAUAAAAGACAACGAGUUGUACGAUCAAGAUACCACGAAACAUAAUAACGUAAAUGAGCGAUCGUUUAUUUACAUCAACCAGAAAUUCAAAACUCCAGUUGUGAACCAACUUUAUACUUCGCAAGAUCUGAUAAGGGAAACUUACAAGUCUUUGAUACCUAACGGUGAUGAUUAUGUUCAGUAUCCAGUUAAACACACUUCUGCGUUCAAUAUUCCGAAGCCAAAAAAUGAAUACUUUGAAGCAAAUAUUGAUCGAGUAGAAACCAAUAAUUUGUAUUUCCCGCCAGCAAGUGAUUAUCAGGAAACAAACAAGGAGCUGACCAAUGAAAAUAAACAUGAUUUUGGGAUGCCAAAAAGUAGGCCACUUAACAAAGUUACAGAUGAGCAACGGGAAUACGUAGAACUUCUGAAACCGCCUCUUUUGAGGCCCGUCCAUACAUCUGAAAAAGAAAACCAACAAUGGCCGAUAUCUGUUCCAUCUCCACAAAAUUACCCAUCUCUGAACAGAAACUUGCAGGAUCCCAAUCAGCCUUUAGACAUAUCUCGCCAGUUUGCUAUGGCAUAUUACGACAACUACGGUUUUCCAACACCUUAUGGUUAUCAAAGAAGUAUACCUCAAUUCAGUAAACCUGAUGAGCUAGGAAAGGGCACUGAUAGUAUUCUUAAAAAGCUUAUUAACGAAAAUAAUAAUAUUGAAAUAAACAAACUCCUGGAUAGGUAUUUGAAAGAGUCGCUGGAAGUUCAAGUUACGAAUGACCGGAUGAAUGUAAAGAACAACAAUUGUAAUUAUAGCAACUGUGUAUUGAAAUCUACGAAGCAGUAUUUGAAUGGCCGAAUCAACAAGGGUGAUGCUGAGUGUAAAUGUGGGAGGCGAUUAAACGUGUUAAAGCAACGCGAGUCUAAUGGAUUUGCUGAUAAAGAAACUAAUACUGAUAAGGAAUCUACCGUUAAACCUGAAGUUAACGUAAUGAUGAACACUCUUAGGCCCUCGGAUAUCGGCGAUUACGGUGAUAUGCUAGCUGAGGAGAUGAAUCUAAAGAAACUUAUAGAAGAUUAGCUCAGAGAAUGUACACUUAACUGUUUGUUUAAUAAACUUCUUGGUUUACAUAUUGUU